AUGACUAAAUUCCCGUGCUCCGACCACUUUCAUAGUUUCUUGAAGGCCUUGCCUAAAUGCGAGCAUCAUCUUCAUAUUGAGGGCACCUUAGAGCCCGAGUUGCUCUUUGCGUUGGCCAAGAGGAAUACUAUCACCUUGCCUGAAUGGUUUCCUCCCACUGUGGAGGCAUGUAACAAGAGGUACUCUGAAUUUGCCGAUUUGCAAGAUUUUUUGGAUCAUUACUAUGUGGGGAUGAGCGUGCUUAUCCACGAGCAAGAUUUCUACGACUUGGCUCUUGCCUACUUUGAAAGAGCUCAUCGCGACGGGUGUCUCCAUUCCGAGGUGUUCUUUGAUCCCCAGGGCCACGUGGAAAGAGGAAUCAGCGUUGACAACGUGGUUAAUGGACUUAACAGAGCUUGUAAAGAUGCCGCCGCUAAAUUUGGCACCACCUCCUUGUUGACAAUGUGUCUCUUGAGACACUUGCCUGUGUCGCUGGGUCUUGACACCAUCAAAUCUACGGAGAAAUAUUUUGAAAGUGGUGUGAUCUCAGGAUUGGGCUUAGACUCUGCCGAAAAGCCUUUCCCUCCAGAAUUGUUCGAGGAGUGCUAUGGUACGUUGAAGGAGAAGUUCCCCAAGGUCAACUUGACUGCUCACGCUGGCGAGGAAGGUGACCACAGGUACGUCACAAACGCUUUGGAUUUACUAAAGGUGACUCGUAUCGAUCACGGUGUUCAAUCCCAGCAUUCACCCGAAUUGUUGGACAGGUUAGUUUCAAACGACACGAUGUUGACGAUGUGCCCUUUGUCCAAUGUGAAGUUACAAGUGGUCAAGGACGUUGAGGACUUGCCAUACAGAGAGUUUUUUGAUAGGGGAGUCUCCUUUUCCAUCAACUCAGACGACCCUGCUUAUUUCGGAGGCUACAUUUUGGAUAACUAUGUUGCAGUUCAUACCAGAUUUGGCUUCUCACCAAAAGAAUGGUGCACCAUCGUUCUCAAUGGUAUCAAUGGCUCGUGGUGCGACGAGAAGAGAAAGCAAGAGUUGAGGGAGAUUGUAGACGAUGUUUAUUUGAAGUACAAGGAUGUGCUUUAA